GACCGGUAACUUGAAGAUCCGGAGGAAAGAUUGAUGUGCCGCGGGGAAGCACCGGAUGAUCGACUCUUCGUGAUUCGUAUUUAUGUAACCGUGCGGGGAAGUGGGGGCCCCAGAUUCCCCUUCUCCUUCGUUCCAUCCCAACAUGACCAUGGAAUCGUCCCUCGAGAAAGGCCAAGUCUCUCAUGAGAAAGGCGCAGUUGAGCACGCCCAAACGACAGAGCACACGACAGAGCCCUUGGCUUAUGACUUCUCUGGCCCUGAGCGCGCUGCGCUCGAAAGGAAGUUGGUGCGCAAGAUUGACCUGCGGAUGAGCAUUCUCGUUGUCAUUUACAUCUUGAAUUAUAUCGACAGGAACAAUGCGUCUGCUGCUCGCAGUCGAGGAUUAGUCAAAGACCUGCAUCUGACGGGGCAGCAAUACCCCACUCUGCUCUCGAUCCUCUAUGUCGGGUACAUUCUCAUGCAAAUCCCGAGUAACCUCUUCCUCAACUACAUCGGUCGGCCGUCACUUUACUUGCCUGGCGCCAUGAUCAUCUGGGGUACGAUCUCGAUGCUCACUGGAGCAACCACCAAUUUCCAUGGGGCUCUGGUCACUCGGUUCUUCCUCGGCUUCGUCGAGGCGGCCUUUUUCCCGGGAGCGUUGUUCCUCAUCUCCAAGUGGUACAAGCGUGACGAAAUUGGCUUGCGCACGGCUAUCUUGUACACGGGUAGCAUCAUCAGCAAUGCCUUUGGAUCGCUCAUUGCUUCCGGUAUCCUGUCGGGGAUGGAGGGGAAGCUAGGACAUGCGGCAUGGAGAUGGCUCUUUUACAUCGAGGGCGCACUGACCGUCUUCGUCGCCGUGAUCACGAUCUUCGUUCUCCCUGACUUUCCGGCCACGUCGAAAUGGCUCUCCGAGGAGGAGCGUGCCUUGGCUAUCCAUCGCAUGUCUGAGGAUGCUGGUGUCGGUGACGAGGGUCAGACCGAGCAUGGUGCUAUGCAGGGGCUGUCGCUCGCCUUUUCUGACUGGCGGGUCUGGUGGCUCACUUUUGCGUUGACGGCGCAAACUAUCUCUUUGUCCUUCAAUGCAUUCUUCCCCACUCUUACUGCCACGCUGGGCUAUAGCCCGACCGUCACCUUGCUCCUGUGUGCUCCUCCCUUUGCCUUUGCUGCGAUCGUGACUUUUAUCGUCGCUCGUCAUUCUGAUAAAGUCGGGGAACGGUCCUACCACAUGUGCACUUCCUUCGCCCUCGGAAUCGUCGGCUAUAUCAUCGCCAUGUCGUCCAUGAACACUGCUGCUCGAUACGUCUCUCUAUUCCUCAUGGCUCAGUCAUAUGCCGGCUUCGUUUCGCUCCUUGCGUGGUGCUCCAAUUCGUUCCCCCGUCCGCCAUCAAAGCGAGCAGUUGCUCUUGCGCUCAUCAAUUCUUUCAGUCAGCUAGGAAACAUAUCUGGAUCCUAUGUCUGGCCCACUGCAUGGGGUCCUACUUACCGCAACUCGUACGCCAUUUGCAUCGCCUGCUCCGCGUUGUGCAUUGCCAUGUGUUUGGCAUUCCGGAAGGUGUUGGAGGCCGAGAACAGAAAAUUGGAGCGGGCCGAAGAGGAGCAGGGCAAGCCCAAGGGCUACCGCUACAUUCUAUGA